AUGAUCAGAGCAGGAUUCGAUGUCAGUGACGAACCCUUUUUACAAGGAAUGGUCUUGACCCUCAAACAGAGAUUGGUGCUGGAUCUACGCACACGUGCGCGUUUGUUGGUUAAAGACGCGUGCACACUCAUGGGUGUGGUAGACGCAUCGCAGACAAUGGAGGAGGGAGAGGUUUUCUUGCAGUAUAGGGAUGAGACUG